ACGCAUUAUUAUUCAAAGGCAGACAACCAGUUUCAUCCUGGAAAUAACUUAUCUCCGUGAAAUUCGUGAUCCUUGUGACGGAAGUGAUCAACAGAAAAAAAGUGGAUUAAUUCAAGUUUUUGCCCACCCCAGUCCUUCGAAGUGCGGAACUAGUUCAUCCACAAAGAUUUAUUUAGGUGGGCAUAGCGUAUUUAGGGAAUUUAGGUGGAGUAUAAGGAACAUUAUCAGCGACAUUUGAUCGUUAAAUAAUUUGUCUUCAAAACUGUAACUGUCAUCGCGCAAUUUCAAUGGAGGGCUUGUUGAUAGUUGACACAAGAAAUUCGAUGUCGAGCUCCGAUUCCUGCUUCGAUUUUCCUCCGUCUUCUCCAUCGAACUGCAUUUAUCAUCCAGUUUUUGUCAUCAGAAGUAAAAACGCUCACUGGUGUAGGAGUAGUCUACCAUCAAUUUUUGCUUGAAGAAAAGUAGAAAGAAGCUUGAGACGUGACAGAAAUCCGCUGAGAAUCAACAAAGAAGGAAUCAAAGUACAUUGUCGUGGUGUCGGGUGUCAUUUGGAGUGUGACUGCUGUGAAAAUCUUUGGUGCAAACAUGAAGCUUUUGGAAAACCCAAAUCUGGAUGCGAUUGGUAAUGCCCUUACCAUUGAAACUGGUGACUGCAAGAUCUCAGGAAGGCUUGAGAGUUACUCAUGCAAGAUGGCAGGAAAUGACAAACGGCUCUUCAAGAUGUUAAGCCAAGAGAAUGGACACACCCCCGAUGACCUUCAGGCUUUGUCACCACCUCAAACCCAGAGCCAGUUAUCUCUGAGUCCCCGUGGAGGGGUCAGUCCUCAGGCAGUGGGCCUAUACGGCACCGGCUCUGGUGAAGAGACCCACGGCCCACUCUGUCACACUUGCAGCCGCAAGAUGAUCUUCUACCUCAUUUCUACCCUGAAUGCUUCAUUCAACCCUGACUAUGAUUUCAGCGAUGCGAAGAGCCAUGAAUUUAGUCGGGAACCCAGCUUGGAUUGGACAGUCAAUGCCGUGGACAGUAACAUGUUCUCCACAGCUGGGGAGGUCUAUGCAACCCAGAUCAGACCUAAAUUAUGGGCUGCUGUCAACGAUGAGAUCUCACCCAACGAAUGUGAAAUUUACAGCUACAACCCUGACCUGGAAUCAGAUCCCUUUGGUGAGGAGGGUGUCUUGUGGUCCUUCAACUACUUCUUCUAUAACAAGAAGCUGAAGAGGAUACUGUUCUUUGCUUGUAGGGCCAGAAGCCAAACUGCGGCCGUUGGGGCUGACUCUGGCAUCGGAAGAGACUUUGACAUGAUGCUGGAUGAGGAGAUCUCUGAUGAUGAUGACGAUGUUGAUGAUGACGUGGAUGAGGACAAUGGCAUGUACGUAGAUGAUGCCUACCGAUAUGAGAGGGUGACACCAUUGAUGUACUGAAUGGUCUGUAUCCUGUAGUGGGCUUCUGUUACAUGCAGCCAGGAAGCGUAAGAUUAAAGAAGAA